ACUGACUGUCACCUGAUGCAUAUAUAAGCAUCGGACUUCCUUCAUGUAUCUCACACAGAUGUAGCCAUAUUCAUGAAGAUUCUUUCCAACACAAACUCAGCUUAUACCAACACCAACAGCGCCUAGCAAACCGAGUAUAUUGCCUUCCUACCGCUUUUCUGUACAAAAACCAAAACAUGUGCGGCGCAUCGGUUAUCGUGUCCUUGCGCCGCAAGCAUGAAGAAACCAACGGGGCCGCGGCGGCCAAGACGUCCGACAAGGAAAGCAGGCUUGCGAAAAGCCUCGACGCUCUGGCCCACCGCGGCCCUGAUGCUCGGGGCGUCUGGAUCGACCCGACGGGAGAAGUUGGUCUCGCCCAUACCAGACUUGCCAUCAUUGAUCUCUCGGCCGAGGGAAACCAGCCUCUGCAUGACGACCAGGACCACAUCCACGCCGUGAUCACCGGUGAGAUCUACGACCACGAUCGCCUCCGCCGGGAGUGCGUCGAGGCCGGCUACAGGUUCAAGGGCCACAGCGACUCGGAAGUGGUGGUCGCCCUGUACCAGCGAUAUGGCGCCCCAGGGUUCCUGGAGCACUGCCGGGGUGAGUUUUCGAUGGUCGUCUAUGAUGACCGUUCCGGCGAGGUCUUUGCGUGUCGCGACCGCUCGGGCAUCAAGCCGCUGUUUUACACCAUCGUUCAAAACGAGCUGUGGUUUUCCUCCGAGGUCAAGGGGUUUUUGGGAAUGGGCUGGAAGCCGGAGUGGGCCCUCGAGUCGAUCGCAAUGGGCGUAACCCAGGUUGGCUCCAGCACCAUAUUCCAGGGCGUCAACAGGAUUGAGCCUGGGUUUUAUAUGAAGGUCACUGCCGAUGGAGACAUUACCCAUUCCAAAUAUUGGGAUUUUGAUUAUCCCGACAAGACCGUGGUCGACAACCGUUCCAUGGAAGACAUGGUCCAGGAGCUGCGUGAAGCACUUGUCGAUGCCGUACGGCUUCGUCUUCGGGCCGAUGUGCCAGUGGGCAUCUAUCUGUCGGGUGGCCUUGACUCGUCGAUGAUUGCGGGUAUUGCGAAGAAGCUGAUCGACGAGGAAGGUGCCACGGCUGGCAGCCAGAAAGCAUCAGAACGAAUGACGACUUUUACUCUCGCGGUGAACAGUGACCAAGACAACUCGGUGUACAAUGAGGCUUCCAUUGCGAGCAGGACGGCCAAAUUCCUUGGAGUAAAGGAAAAGACGUUGAACGCAGACGAGCAACUUUUGGCAUCGACGUUUGAGGAUGCAUGUUGGCAUAUCGAACAACCUAUAUCCACCCUAUCAAUGUGUGCCAAGGUUGCCUUGUCCAAGCUUGCACGCGACAGCGGAGUCACCGUCAUACUCACGGGCGAAGGUGCCGAUGAGACAUUUGCUGGAUAUCCUUGGAUGCUUCCAGACCUGACCGCGGAGGCUGAUCACUCGCGGCCAGACGCACCAAUCAACAGAGACAUUGACAAUCUGCGCGGCCCGAUUCGCAAACAGCUGUUUGACAUGUGGGCCAAUCUAGGCAGCACCGAGAUGCCAAAGCUAUUGCAGCAAGUCAAGCCCGAGACGUGGGCCAAGAUGAAUUUCGUGUCCACUCCGGUUGUCUCGGACGGCAGCAGCGGGGUGGGCCUGAUCCACCCCAAACUCCGGGCCAAGUACAACCUCGACGACAGAAUAAGCAAGACGCAGGACUGCAUCGGCGAGGACGUCCUGAAAAAAGUCCGUGAAAAGUGGCACCCGCUCAACUCGUCGCUCUACCUCAACCACAAGACCCUCCUCGCCAACACCAUCAUCCCCAGCAACGGCGACCGGACGGAAAUGGCCAACAGCGUCGAGGGCCGACCGCCCAUCCUGGACCACAAGGUGCUCGAGCUGGCGUCCAAGCUGCCGCCCAGCGUCCAGGUCGGCUACUUUCCCGAUGGCGCCAACCUGAACAGCGGCAAGACCGUCUUCAGGAGCAACAACGCGGACGGCGAGCUCAUGGCCAGGUUCCGCGAAAAGUUUCUCCUGCGCGAGGCCGCGAGGCCCUUUGUCACGGACGAGAUUUACUCCCGGCCCAAGCACAGCUUCAUGGCGUCGAGCAACUACCACGCCGGGGGCCCCAUCCACCAGGUCUUGAAGAGGCUCUUGACUAAGGAGAAUGUCGAGGCCGUCGGGUUCCUCGAUUGGCCCAAGAUCGAAGCCCAUUUGGCUUCGGCCUUUGAUCCUCAGCUCGCCCACGUCGCCGGCCAAAAUUUCGCGCCUUGCUUGCAGGCGGCAUCUUUUGUGACAAUCAGCCAGAAGUUUGGCGUAGCCAGAGCCUCGGUGGAGUAAACGAGGUUUGAUGGCAAAAAUGAGGUUGUUAUGGUUUUGUCAUGAUUUACGAGAGAAUGUAUCUAGCUUACCGGUUUGGUGCGACACUUGGCCCCUCACUCACUGAUGUGAAUCAUAACUCUUUUGGCGUUCUUUUCUUCUUUUUCCUCUUUUUUCAUGUACUGGAGGCAUAUUGCAAUGUGAUUGUGAUUGGCGU